AUGUCGAGUUUUUCUCCAAGAAUUUCUUCUCUAGUUUCUUCUGAGGCCACCUCAAAGAUUAAAAGAUUUAUUUUUGAAUUUUUCAAAGUAUCUGACACAAAACCUCCAGUUGUUCCAUCAGAAGAUCCUUACUUGAACUUCUUUACUGAGAAUGCGUUUGUUCAGAUGGCCUCGAACCACUUUCAAAAUCACCAAUAUAUUGGUACUUUAAGACAAGGAAUGUGGAAAAGUGUUACAAAAAGACACCACAUUGUAUUGAAUGUUGCUCAAAUUACAGAUAACGAGUUUUUGAUCAAUGGAACUGUUGACUAUAAAUUAAUUAACGAAAAAGACUUAUCCACUCCCUGGGCUGCCCAUAUGGUUUUUGAGGAUUUUUCAAUUGAAAAUCCCAAGAUGAAAUACUACCAAGUGUAUUUAGAUUCUAGUCAAGCAAAAGAAGCUCUCAAAUAG